CAGUUGAGCUGGAAGUUGAGCAGGGGAGAAGCCUCCCAAGUUGCAGAACAAGAAGCCAUUUGGAGCGGUCCCGAGGGCGACUCGCUCCCCUGCCCAGCACUGGCCUUACACAGUCUGUAGACUGGCUGCGGAUACAGUUAGCACCCUUGAAAAUUUAGGGAUAAGAUGCUUCGAUGUUUCACUGGGACAAUAUGCAUGAACUAGGAUGGAACUUAAAAGAGACAAUUGGAGCUUUUUCCUGAAAUAUUCAGCUGAUGAAUCCCUGGCCAUUUCAGUAAUGUGCUGAUAUUAAUAUUGCUCUGUUGUGGAAAUUUAAACAAUGCAGAGACAAGCUGAUCAAGUGAAACGUCGUUCAAGCACCAAUCCUUCCAUCCGGGUGAGAAAUGUUGAUAUUGCGAGAGGAAGAACUGGAUAUGGAUUUACUCUUUCUGGACAAGCUCCAUGUGUGCUUAGCUGCAUCCUUAAAGGGAGCCCAGCGCACUUUGUUGGGCUUAGAUCUGGUGACCGUAUACUGAUUGUUAAUGACAUUAAUGUCUCUAAAGCCUCUCAUGAAGAUGUAGUGAAAUUGAUAGGGCAGUGCACAGGUGUACUUCGGCUUGUUAUUGCUGAUGGUAAUAAUCACUGUGAUACAGGUUCCAGCGAUGAAGAACUUAAUUUUGGUGAAGACAAAGUGGCAUGGGUGAACAGUAAGACAAAGCCCAAAACAUUGGGGCUAAAUAGAGCUGAAAAGGUUGUGGCUGAUGUACAGUCAGGUGGGAUUUUUAAAAUGCUGUUUGACAAUUCCAGUAGUUCUAGAAAAUGUGGUCGGAACUGUAUACAGCAGCCAAGACAAGGCACUGAAAAAAUCAGCGGGUUUCCUGUCAGUCGCAAAAAUGCAAGGAAGAACCACAAUUCACUUUCUGAAGAUGAAGUGCAGAAGGUAUUGAACGAUGACUCGGUUUUUAUCAAUGAUCUGGAAAACCAAGAUGGAUUUGUUCUAGAUGCUAGCAUUCUAAAUGUUGGAAUGAUUGUAGGCUACUUGGGUUCUAUCGAAUUGCCUUCAACAAGCUCAAAUCUGGAAAAUGAAAGCCUGCAGGCCAUCCGUGGGUGCAUGCGUCGUUUGCGCGCUGAGCAGAAGAUUCAUUCUCUUGUCCUGAUGAAAAUAAUGCAUGAUUGUGUUAAACUGUUUAAUGAUAAACAUAAUAUGCUAGCUUUAUACCCAGCAGAGAAGUUGGCUUUCAGUGCUGUGUGUCCUGAUGACCGACGGUUCUUUGGACUGGUUACGAUGCAGAUGUUUGAUGAUCAGAGCCCAGCUGUUGACUGUGAAGGUGGGCUGAGGACUUCAUGUCAUGUCUUCAUGGUUGAUCCAGAUCUUUGUCAGCACAAAAUUCACCAGGGAAUUUCCAGACGUUUUGGUAUUGAGUGCACACCAGAUCCAGACACCAACGGCUGCUUAGAGUUUCCCCUUUCCUCUCAACCUGUUCUUCAGUUUGUAUCGGUGUUAUACAAGGACAUCGGGGAGUCAUUUGAAAGUGCACGUGCAAGAGCUUUUCUUGACGGAGACUCAUCCGAUGGGCAGCAGAACAAUAGUAUUAGUAGUAACAGUGAUAGUGGAAUUGGAUGCUAUAGUCAUGAGGAAAAGAAUAAUCGAGUUUUAGUUGUUGAUCUAGGGACCAGCUCAAACAAACACGCUCCCAGUGCUGCCUGGGCUAACGUACAAGGUAAAGGACACGUUCAAGGUACUCAGUGGAAUGGUUGUCGUCAGGAUUUAGAGAACAAAUAUCUUGCAUCUCGGCUUUCAGAGUUGCCACAGAAUGAAUGCUCUUUGCAUAAUGGUAAUAGACACCUUAUUCCUUCCCGCCUCGACGUUCCUGGAACAUCUCCACGGUCUGUGUUAAAUUCAGCUAAGAAAUCUGAAGUUAUGAACAGUGCGCCUUGUGGACCUCCUAGAUGGCUGCCCCUUCAUGUCCAUAAAGAUUGGCAGUACUGUAGCAGUAGUGAUCAGGAAUCUUACGCAGAAUCCACAGAUGGAUUAUCUAGUGUCAACUGUAGUACACUGAAGAAAGAUCUUCCCCCUCCAAUGAGCAAGAUUCAGACCGAAAAGUAUAGAGUUGGAAGUGGCUUAAGUCAGCCUUUUCGAAAUGUAGCUCAAAAGAAUGAACUGACAAGUAAAUUGUUUGGUAUGGAAAAAAUGUUCGGGAUACAGCAGAAUAACAAGAAAAGCAAAGAUAACAAGGGUACAAAGUUUUCUGCACUUUCUGUAGGACUCUUACAAGCUGCACAACGUUCUUCUAUCAGGAGAUCAUAUGGAAGAUCAAAGCGUUUUAGUAUAACCCGGUCUUUGGAUGAUUUGGAAACAGCAGCCGUCUCCGAUGGAGAAUUAAAUGGUGCUGAUCUCAAAAAUUACAACAGUGAAAACAGCAUCAACAGCAAUGCCAGUCUUCCUAGUGUCCAAAGCUGCAGGAAGUAUGCAGAACGACAGGUAGCCAGCUGGGCUGUGUCCUUUGAGCGACUCCUGCAAGAUCCUGUUGGCAUCAGAUAUUUCUCAGAGUUUCUGAAGAAAGAAUUUAGUGAAGAAAAUAUCUUAUUCUGGCAGAACUGCGAGUAUUUCAGCCAAAUUCCUCAACAUGACAAGAAACAGCUUUUGUGUCGAGCUCGGGAGAUCUACAACAAUUUCUUGUCCAACAAAGCAGUCACUCCUGUCAAUAUCGACAGCCAGGCACAGUUAGCUGACGAUAUCAUCAAUGCACCACACCCCGAUAUGUUUAAAGAGCAACAAUUGCAGAUUUUCAGCCUGAUGAAGUUUGACAGCUAUACCCGUUUCCUGAAGUCAACAUUAUACCAAGAAUGUAUGUUGGCAGAAGUGGAGGGCCGAGCUUUGCCUGAUCCGCAUCAGAUACCUUGCAGUCCAGCCUCAAAGCACAGUGCCAGUUCGGACCGGUCCAAUGUUUCUUCCCCAAACAAGUCCAGCACAAAGCCGAAAUCAAGCAGGACUCUCAAUAGUGAGCUUGAAGAUGACAAUGGCAAUAAAAAGAAAACGUUUUUUUCCUGGUCGCGAAGGAGCCUGGGACGAACUCAGAAGAGGAAAGAGAAUGGGGACUCACGUGCUGACCUCUCUGCAAGUAAUGGGCUGCCCCCAUGGCAUCGGGAAUCCUUUGGAUCAACAUCUUCAUCCACUAGCACUGAGUUGAUAAUGGUUGGCUGUCCAGGAAAUAACAGACAAGAGUUUGAUUCCAUCAAAGUACCUGUGACAGAGAGAGAAAAAUCUUCAAAACACUGCACUGUGAUUCUUCCUGAUGGUUCCUCGCACACAGUUUCUAUUCAGUCUGGUGUUACUAUUCGGCAACUGUUGACUGAUCUGUGUGAAAAGCUGCAAAUCCAAUUAGCAGCUGUAGACCUCUUUCUGCUUGGAGGUGACAAGCCUCUUGUACUUGAUCAAGACUGCUGCACAUUAAUAUCAAGGGAGAUUCGAAUGGAGAAACGAACACUAUUUCGACUCGACCUUGUUCCUAUAAAUAGAUCAGUUGGUUUAAAGGCCAAACCUACCAAACCGGUGACUGAAGUACUUCGACCUGUGGUGGCCAAGUAUGGCUUGAAUCUCGGUGAAUUAGUAGCCAGAAUUAACGGAGAAUCUGAAGUGUUAGAUCUUGGAGUUCCUAUCUCUAACCUGGAUGGACGCCGUGUUGUUCUUGAUGUUGCAGAUCCUAUUAAGGGGAAAGACAGGCAGAAGAACACAGGAGAGAAAGUCAGCUCUUCCAACAACGUCACACUAAGUCAAGCUGAAAAGAAUGACGGAAGACCCUCUUCGGUGAAAGUGAAAGGAGAGAAUGGAAAACCUUCCAAAGAUGCACAACUUUUUAAGAAAGAAGAAUUAAUUCAAAGGACAAGUAGGAAGAGGCAGCCAAAGUUAAAUAUGGAUGAGGUGGAAGAGUUUUUUGACCUUCUGUCUAAAGCGCAGAGUAACCGAGUAAAUGAUCAGCGUGGACUUCUGAAGAAAGAGGACCUUAUCCUCCCAGAUUUUCUACGUCUGAAGCCAAAAGUAUCUGACCCUGGUUCCUCCACACCUGUGGCAAACAAAGCAAAUGAUAAAAGGAGAGAAGAAAAAAGCCAAAAUUUGCACAAGAGCCCAAUAUCCAGUAAAUCAGAACUUACAGACUCCAGCACAGCUAACUCACCUACAAUUAAUUUGAAUGAAAACUCCAACAGCGUGAAAGUCAAGCCAACUCAUCAGCACGAUAACUGUCAUCGACCUGCGGUAGUGUGUGUGAAGCCAGACUCUAAACAUACUAAUGGUGCCCCUUUCCAAGUGCCGGUCUCUCCCAUUCCACAUGUCAGUGAACAAAGGUGGGAGAAGCACUCUGCAGGUGGGCAGUCAGAAACCGUACAGCCUUAUGAGGACGAGAAUGCACUUGACCUGACUUUGGUGGCAGAAGGUGAUAUCAAUAGCCCAAACAGUACGUUAUUACCGCCCCUACCAACACCACCGUCCACUGUCAGUAAGCUGGAGGUAGCUAACUAUACUCCACCAACUCCAUACACAGAUGGUCAGGAGAACUCUUCACGCUGCAGAUCCACAUCAGAUUCAAGAAAGGAAAGGGGAACGAUUGCAUGGAUGAAGCCUCCUUCUCUUGAGCAGAGCUCCGACACGCAGACACAGACAAGUGUAAACACCUCUGCCUUUGCUGCAAGCACUAACCACACCCAGUGGGAUCUUCCUGUAAGCAAGGUUAUUGACAUCGACGACGCAAAAUCAGGAGAUGCCAAUGGGUCGGAUGGGAACCUGAGUUUUGAAGGAUAUAUUUCUGAACUGAAAUGUUGUCAGGGAAGAAUGCGUACAGGGGUUUAUCAGAUGUCGGAAUUACCAUCGCUGAUUAUGGUAAAAAGUGAAAGGAACAAGACUUUGGAGGCACGACAUAAGGCUACAUUUGUCUGAAUCCUUGACACAAAAAAAUUCACAGUUUAUUACCUUAAAUGCUAUUUGGAAAACUGGGAUUAAAAUUAAUUGUGAACCCCUCAAUAAUUGGUCAUUAAAAUUUAAUCAUCUCCCCCCCCCCAGUGUUAUAUUAAAUAAAUAUCACUGAAAAAUCUUGAGGUAAGAUCUGUUGAUGCUGGAAGAAAAGAGAAAUAUUGAUUCUAAAAUGUAUGAUUGUACUUGGUAGAAAUGGGCAAGUAAAAUAUUCACAUUUUACCUGUAAUUUAAUUACUGCAAGCAGCCAAGACUUUCAUUCGUAAAUGUAUUACAAUAAAUGUGAAAAAUGUUAGAUGUAAAUUUAGUUUGAAUAUAAUUGUGUAAAUCUUUUUCUCUUUGUGUUUGAUUACUUCUGAAAAUCGAGAACAAGAUGGUUUACAUUACUGAAAAUAAUAUCUGAUCUUCAUGAAGGCUGUUUCUAAUGUGUCCCUCUGUGUGUUUCUGUAGAAAGGAGCAGAAAUGUGUUCAUUUCCUGGCAUCUCAGGUUAUCCCUCACUACACGGCUUCAUUACCUAAGGUUUAAUGAAGGAACUAAUAUUUUUUUAUUUUGAGUCGUCCAUCAGGUUCCUUAAACAUGGAUACUGACAAUAUCCAUGUUCUACUGUACAUGGAACCAAUAUUUUUGCGGUACGCACACUUGCCCAGCUCACCUCAGUGAUCACAGAACAUUGCAGCGCAAUACAGGCCCUUCAGCCCACCGUGUGCCGACCUUGUAGUGAAUUCUAAGAUCGAUCUAACCCUUCUCUCCUAUGUAGCCCUCAAUUUUUGUAACAUCCAUGUGCUUAUUGAAGAGUUUCUUAAGUGUCCCUAAUGUAUCUGCUUCUACCACCACCCCUGGCAGGGCAUUCCACACACCCACUAUUCUCUGUGUAAAAACAAAAGUUAUCUCUAACAUUCCCCCUAUACUUUCCUCCAAUUACCUUAAAAUUAUGCCCCCUUGUAUCAGCCAUUUUCACCCUGGGAAAAAGGUCUCUGAUUAUCCACAAUCUAUGCUUCUUAUCAUCUAUCAAGUCACCUCAUCCUUCUUUGCUGUAGAGAGAAUAGCCCUAAGCUCACUCAACUUAUCCUCAUAAGACAUGCAGCCUUAUAAUUCUCAUAAUACAAGCAUCAUCUUGGUAAAUCUCUAAAGCUUCCUCGUCCUUGUUACAAUGAGAUGAUCAGAACUGAAAUCAGUAUUCCAAGUAUGGUCUAACCUGGGUUUUAUAGAGUUGCAACACUACCUCAAUUCAGUGGGGAAAGAUCAAAGAAAGAUUAGAUGUAUUUGUACAUGGAAACAGGCCACAAAAUGCAUCACUUGCAUUGCAUCAAGUCAGCGAGGAUUGUGCCGCCACGUUUUCAGCACCAAGAUAGCAUUGCCUCAACUUACAAAUCGAACCGUACAUCUUUGGAAUGUGGGAAGAAUCCGGAGCACCUGGAGGAAACCCAUGCAAUCACGGAGAGAACAUAUAGACUCCUUACAGAUAACGGCAGGAAUCGAAUCCCAGUCUUGCAGCUGGUGCAGUAAAGUGUUGUUGCAGUAACAGCUAUGCUGCCGUGCUGCCCUUUAAGUGAGCUGUAGUAGUCUCCAACCACUUUAAAUUACUUUAGCACCUCUCUUACAACUGCUGUUAUGAAUUAGUUUCUCAUUAAAGUUUGAUUUCUGGUUCUGCC